AUGGUGAUGAAAGGAUUAACGUGGGCAUCAUUAAAAAACAACUAUUCACUACUGCCGUUAUUUGGUGUUGUUAUCCUCGGCGGCACAUUAGCUGCUGGUCAUGCAUUACGCAGUUUAAUGUUUUCAACAGAUGUUAAAAUCAAUCGUCGUAAUACUGACCGUCCAUGGGAAUCGGCCUUGAACGAUGACGGCACAUAUAAACCACAAAAAUAUGUUCGUAUGCACGAUUACAAAAAAUUGAAACGAAGUGAAUUCGAACCACAAUUGGAUAACUAA